AUGGCGUAUAUCGAACGAAAAUUCUCAACAAGAUUCGUUGUUCCUGACUUUUUGGAAUCCAUCGGGGAUGGAUCGGAAGAAAUCGAACAGAACGAAGAGUUUCACGGUUGUUCAUGGUACACUACCAUUGAAGGUUUCAAUCCCUUCUCAAAUGACGAAGUCGAAUACUAUCUUGUCAGUUUAUCAUGUUGGAAUAGUCUCGAGAAUAGGGAAUAUUCGAUUGAAGCAAUGUGUGAAUUGAAAGUUUUAACAGAAAACGGAGUGGAGUCAAUCGGUUCACAAAUGAAUUGUUUCGUUUUUGAAGGCGACGAUGUAAUUUUUGAAAUCGAUUGUGAGAAGAUGGAAAAGUUUUUGAUAAAUGGAACAUUGACUGUCGAAUUCGAUGUUUGUAUUAAGAAAAUGACUGGAAUGCAACUGUUUGAUGAAUCAAUGAAAAAGUAUUCGGAUGUUGUGUUGAUUGUGGAAGACGAGAAGUUUUAUGUGUCGAAACUGUUCCUCGCUUCUCAAUCCUCAUAUUUCGAUGCUCUUUUACUCGGAAAUUUCAACGAAUCGACUCAAUCUGAAGUGACUCUCACUGGAAUUUCAGCUAAGCAUUUCAAGUGGUAUCUGAAUGCACUUCAUGGACACUCGGUUAUUAAUGGCUGUCAAUACGAGAAAAUAUUAGAACUGGCACACAUGUACGAUAGUCAUUUAGUUGUGGCGAAGUGUGAAACAUUUCUGUUGGAGGCGUCUCGUAUAUCAAUUGCUAAGAAGUUGGAAUUAGCUGUGAAGUACCAAUUAGAUGACUUGAAGUACCGCUGUCUCGCCAACAUAAAAACUGUUCAAGAUAUUCGUUCAGUUGUUCCCCGCCCGUGUAAUACCAUGGAUCAUGAUGUAUUGGCCAACCUUUUCGAUAAACUUCUGGCCCUUAAUGACACCGAAGACAAAUAA